GUGUUAGAAAGAGGCAUUUAAGUCCAAACAGAGACACAUGAAACUACAUUCUCGUCUGAAGGGAAGAUGAGGCUGUUUAUCGCGAGAGUCUCUGUGCUGCUGCUGGUUCUGGGUUUUUCAUGCAUCACAUCUGAACUUGUAGACAAAUUCAGUAAAUGCGGUGACCUUUUCUACCAUCAAACGCCUCCGGACAUCCCUGGCAUUCUGAAGGAUUCAGCUGCACAGCACAGUAAUUAUAAAUUAAUCUGUCAACAAUAUGAGAGCAGUAUAAAGUAUGCAACCCUCUACGACACAACACAGAAGAUCCCUCUUUUCUCAGCUUACAAAUACACCAGAAUACAAGAAUACAAAGAAGUAACUAAGAUUCCCUGGAUGAUCGAGUCGAAGCUUGAACCUGUAGGGCCUGAGAUCCGUGAGCCAUUCGUCCAUCAGGCGAUCACUGGAGACUACACCAAUCCACACGCCAACGAUCGACAGGUCAGCCCCGGUCACUUAUUUCCAGUCCGUUAUGCAGCUGAUAGAGACACUGCCAAGUCUACGUUCACUCUAACCAACAGCAUUCCACAGAAGAGAAACUUAGAGACAGGCAUUUGGAUUCGCAAAGAACAAGACAUUAAAGAUAUGAUGGAUAAAUACUGUCGUGACCAGAAGAACAACAACAAGAUCUUGGCCUACGUGUUGACUGGAGCUCUGCCUGGCAACAAUAAUCUGAAUAACAGAGUGAACAUUCCCUCUCACAAGUGGAUGGCUUUUUGCUGCUUUAACAGUUCAGGAAACUCAAUGCUCUCCAGAGCUGACUGGGCCGAGAACAAAAUAGAUGAAGAUGUAGUAACUCGUCCUAAGAGCCUGCAGGAGUUACAAACGUUCUUAAAUGAGAGAUGGCGCAAACAAGUAAAAGUGUUUUACAAAGACUGUAUGUAAUUUUAACAUACGACCAGAGAACAGCCUUCUUCAGUCAGCGCAGAAUGAGAACACAAUGCUUUACAUCAGCAUUUCAUCUGUAAUGCUCUUCUUUCAUCAUAUCCUGAGAAAAAAGAAAAGAAAAAAUCGAGCAAAUUCUUCUUUCAUUAGUGUGUACAUGCUUUUUUCUUUAAUAAAGCUUGCAAUUGCAAAUAUUGGCA